AUGUCCAGCGACACUAUGCCAUUUAAACUUGUGGAACCGUUUGUCCUCUUCCACACAAUAUUUUCUGACGACUUUCAACACCCUCAGGUCGCCAUGAUCACACAGGCUUGUGGUUCCCACUCAACCGCCUCUAACCAAAGUACCUCACAUUUCCUUCAAAUUUUUUUCGAUUUCCCCCUUCACGUUGAACCCAAUGAGGCACCGACUGAUCUAAUUUUUUUGUGUAAAUGGGGCACUUCACAUUCUUCCCACACCCCUCCACACGGAAAUGACGUCAACGUAACACGUACAAAUUUUCUUUUUCGACAGUGCAGUCAAAAAAAAUCCGCGACAGAUUACUGA